AUGGCCCCCAUCAACGUCUCAGUCUCUGGAGAGGUCCCUUCUCUCGCCAAGAUGCCCCCAGAGACCACCAGCCUUCCUACCACAGAUUGCCAAGAAAAUGAGUACUGGGACCAAUGGGGACACUGCACCUGCCAACUGUGUGGGUCUGGACAAGAACUCUCCAAGGAUUGUGGUUAUGGAGAAGGUGGAGAUGCCUACCUCAUAGCCUUGCCUGCCCACAGAUAGAAAAGCAGCUGGGGCCACCACAGAUGUCAGACUUGUAUCACCUGUGCUGUCAUCAAUCAUGUCCUGAAGGUCAAUUGCACAGCUACCUCUAAUGCUGUCUGUGGGGACUGUGUUUCCAGAUUCCACCAAAAGACAUGCAUUGGAGGCCUGCAGGACCAAGGGUGCAUUCCAUGCAUGAAGCAAAUCCCCACCUCUGAGGUUCAGUGUGCCUUCCUGUUGAGCUUAGUGGAGGCCGAUGUACCCACGGUUCCCCCUCAGAAGGCCACACUUGUUGCACUGGUGAGCAGUUUCCUCAUGGUGUUUACCCUGGCUUUCCUGGGGCUCUUGUUCUUCUACUGCAAGCAGUUCUUUAACAGACAUUUCCAGCAGGAGAAAUUGACUCUUCUCCCUGAUCCGCCACCAGGUAGCCUCAAUCGGAUACCCCAAUUUGCAGGAUGUCUGCUGCAGUUUGAGGCUGACGAGGCAGUGGAGGAGGAAUCUCUCUUCCCGUUAGCACCUGGCCAGAAGACCAGUCCUGAGUCCGCACUGAGUAAAAGCAUGUUUGAAACCCAGCCACUCAACCCCAACCUGGAUGAUGACUGCAACUCGACUCAUGACUUCCCCACACAGGAGUCUUUUACCAUGGCCUCCUGCACCUCAGAGAGCCACUCCCAUUGGGUCCACACUCGCAUCAAAUGCACAGAGCUGGACCUGCAAAAGUUUUCCAGCUCUGCCUCCUAUACUGGAGCUGAGACCUUGGGUGGGGGCACAGCUGAAAGCUCUGGAGAGAGUCUGGAGCUCAAUGUGCCUUUUGAAGUCCCCAGCCCUUAA